AUGCGGAUCCGGGACCAGCAAGUUCGUGUAGGCCAUCGUGACCUGCUUGGCCGCAGCUGGGUUCGCGCUGUGCUCGGGGAUUUCCCUACAGGUGGUGUGGAGCACGAGUGGCUCCACGCCCACGCCUCGGAGGAGUACGACUGCGACUGGGCGGCUUCAAUGCGGCAUCCCCAGCCUCGGAUCCAUCGCGGACAGGGCCGACAGGCACGGCAUACGGCGGGCAUUGGAUGCAGCGGCCGGUCUAGCGUAGCGCGAGAGGCUGCCCUUGCGGCGACCGUCUGGCGACACACCAAGGCGCGGCGGGUGGCCCGGAUCCAACGCGUCUGGGGCCAAGCAGCGCACAUGCCCUACUGCGGCGCCUGCACAGCGUCACGCGGUUUGGAGCCCGGCUUGUGCUGGACCAGCACCGCACGGCAGUGGCCUCCAACGCCAUACUGCCGGUGCGCCUGCUGCAGCGCCUAG